AUGGACGUGUUCUUGAUUAUUCGGCGGAAGAAGACGAAUGCCUUCAUCGAAGCGAAGGAAACCACCAAGGUGCUAGAGCUUAAGAAGAUCGUACAGGGUAUGUUGAAAGUGGCUCCUGCUAACCAGAAGCUGACCAAGGAUGAUUGUGUUAUGGAGGACCACAAAUCCCUCUCCGACUACGGCCUGUCCUUCCACUCCGCUCGGGCUCAGAACCCUGCGAUAAUCGGACUCGCUUUCCGCGAUGAAAUGACCGGAGAAUUCGAACCACUCGAAGUUACUCCUCUCUCCGUCCCACCGGAACUCCCGGAUGUCAUGAAGCAUCCGCAACCUGAUGGCCAAGGCGAGCGCGAAGUUUCGAACGGAAUGUAA